AUGGCCCAACCGUCGGGUGGGGAAUCCUCGGGCUCUAGCUUCCCAAUAGCACCUCAACUAAUUGGUAAAUGUCCCGUGGUGGAGGUUCGUGUGGGUGAAGUGCCGAUAGCCUGCCUACUAGACACUGGAUCGAUGGUGACUACAGUCACUAAAACAUUUUUUGAGCAGCAGUUGCAGCCCCAGUUUCAACUUCAGGCCUGCCAUUGGCUUAAGCUUAAGGCUGCCAAUGGCUUAGAUAUCCCGUAUCUGGGAUACCUGGAAACCACCAUAAGUAUUUUUGGAAAGACAUUAUCUAACAUGGGCAUCCUAGUUCUUAAAGAUUCCACCGACCCAGCCAUGCAGUCACGACGGGAGCGAGUCCCCGGCCUCCUCGGCAUGAACAUCAUUGGUGAAUGCUAUCGUGAAUUGUUUUUGGAGCACGGCCACGCAUUGUUCCAGUCCCCCUCUAUCCAACAGGCAGGGAAAGCAUGGCAGCAGGCUCUUACUGUGUGUCAACGUCUGGAACAGACUUUGGAAACGGGUCGGGUGGGCUUGGCUAGAGUUCAGAAAGGUCCUGCGGUACGAAUCCCUGCGAGUUCAAUGAGAUUUGUCCCUGCAACUUGCCAUCAGCAAUUAGGGUACAUUCUUCCCUCCUGUUUUUUAGAGCCCCUAUCAUUUGUAGAAGGCCAGUUGCCUAGUGACCUCCUUGUCGCAGCUGCACGACUGUCUGUCACCAGCGGGAUGGUCAGGAUACCAGUCAUUAAUGUGGGCAAUCAGGACCGAUGGCUUCAGCCAAAGACGGUGCUUGGAGAGUUGCAUGUUGUCCAGUCUCCUGAUUCGACCUGCCCCAUUCAGUUUCAAGUCCAGGAGGAUGAACAUGAGCAAAUAGCCGUAGUACAAUCGGUGCAAGCUGACAGGGACCCCGGUGUCGACUUUUCCCAACUUACUUGGUCCACCCUACCCCCAAAACAACAGGAAGAUGCUCGGAACCUGUUGGAGAAAUACCGGAGUGCCUUCAGCUCCAGUGAGGGGGAUUUGGGGUGCACUGACUUGCUCCAACAUACCAUACCUCUGCUGGAUGAUAUACCAGUCCGCCAAAGGUAUCGGCGUCUCCCGCCAACCCAAUACGAUCUGGUGAAAUCUCAUAUUCAAGAGUUGGUUGCACAUGGUAUUGCCAGCCCCAGUUGUAGCCCUUAUGCCUCUCCCACAGUUGUGGUCCGAAAGAAAGAUGGCUCAAUUCGCCUAUGUGUAGACUAUCGGCAGCUCAAUGCAAAAACCCGCAAAGAUGCCUUUCCCUUGCCAAGAAUAGAAGAGACUUUGGACUCCCUCGGUGGUGCUAAGUUGUUCAGCACUUUAGAUCUAGCUAGUGGCUACAACCAGGUGUCUAUGGCCCCCAAGGACCAACAUAAGACCGCUUUCUGUACGCCUUUUUGGGCUUUUUGAAUUUAAUAGGAUGCCUUUUGGCUUAUGCAACGCCCCAAGUACCUUUCAGCGUCUCAUGGAAC